AAUGGCUGGGGUCUGACAACAUGCACCACCAGUGGCUUCUCCUGGCCAUCUGCUUUUGGGUGCUUUUCAUGUUCAUGGUAGCCAGCAAGUUCAUCACGCUGACCUUUAAGGACCCUGAUGCUUAUAGUGCCAAGCAGGAGUUCCUGUUCCUGACCGCUGUGCCUGACCCUGGGAGGCUCCAGAGAGAGAAGCACUUUUCUGAGGAGCUGCAGCCCACAGAGCGGCUGCCUUCAGCCAGCCUGCUGGUCCAGCCACUGGUCUACAUGGAGCGCCUGGAGCUCAUCAGAAAUGUCUGCAGGGACGAGGCCCUGAGGAACCUCUCCCACACGGUGGUCUCCAAGUUCGUCCUGGACCGGAUCUUCGUCUGUGACAAGCACAAGAUUCUCUUCUGCCAGACUCCCAAAGUGGGCAACACCCAGUGGAAGAAAGUGCUGAUCGUGUUGAAUGGAGCAUUUCCAUCCAUCGAAGAAAUCCCUGAGAAUAUGGUUCACGAUCAUGAAAAAAAUGGCCUGCCUCGCCUUUCCUCCUUUAGCGACUCGGAGAUUCAGAAGCGCUUGAAGACCUACUUCAAGUUCUUCAUCGUGAGAGACCCUUUUGAGCGACUCAUUUCUGCCUUCAAGGACAAGUUUGUGCACAACCCCCGCUUUGAGCCUUGGUACCGGCACCACAUCGCCCCAAGCAUCAUCAGGAAGUACCGGCGGAACCGGACAGAAACCAGGGGCAUCCAGUUUGAGGAUUUCGUGCGGUAUCUGGGCGACCCCAACCACAGGCGGCUGGACCUGCAGUUCGGGGAGCACAUCAUCCACUGGGUGACCUAUGUGGAGCUCUGUGCCCCCUGUGAGAUCACCUACAGUGUAGUCGGCCACCAUGAGAACCUAGAGGACGAUGCCCCUCACAUCCUCAGGGAGGCUGGCAUAGAUCACUUGGUGGCUUACCCCGCUAUUCCCCCGGGCAUCACCGUGUAUAACCGCACCAAGGUCCAGCACUACUUUCUGGGCAUUAGCAAGCGCGACAUCCGCCGCCUGUAUGCACGUUUUGAAGGGGACUUUCGGCUCUUUGGGUACCAGAAGCCUGACUUUUUGCUAAACUGAUGCAUUGGGCAAUGUUACGUGAAGGCAGUAGCUGAACUGCUGGAUGGGGUUCAGAAGGGUUCCUCCCCUUCUCUGCUGAGGAUCCCAGAGGCACCUCUGGAUGUGAGGGUACCUCAUAACUCUGGCCUUUACAGUUAGUUUGGGCAUCAGGGCACCGGGUUGGUGGGCCCCCUUCCCUCCCAACACUAGCACAGGCCUUUUCUCUCAUCAAAGGGGAGAAAGACUCAACCACUGGAAGUAUUUGCAGUAUGACGGGGAAUCAUGCAAACCAUUCUCGUCUGUCAUUAGGGUGGAUGCACCCCAAGUGUCUGAUGGCCAGGCUGUCCUGGCCACUGGUGGGUUACAGGGCGGCUCCCGAUGUCCUCGGAGAUGGAGCAGCCAAUUGUCUCGUCAUAGGAGCUGAGAAUAACAGAUGAAGCCCAGGAACAUCACAUGUCUUCUUUCAUCUUGCUGCUGAUCUGAUCACAGAGGAAAACCCUUCUUUUGCAACUGUUUCUACACAGGUUAGCGAGGUCCGAUGGCCCUGUACAUGUCCUUGUGGAUGAAAGGCCUGUCCCGGGUAAACUGAGGGACUGUUCUCCCAAGAAGGGCGUCUUUAGGGGACUGCAAAGAGAAUGCGGCGUGGAAGGCAUGGCACUGGUUAUGUUGCACUGGUUCGGUCGCUGCAAUGUGGGGACAUCCAUCCUGACUGUGUCCACCUCUGUUCUCUCCCAUCUUCCUGACCCCCUCGGGAACCUCCCCCAGGGCCGUGGGGACACCAGAGAUACCUGGCUUAGAUACCAGUAUCACACAGUCAGUAUUUUCACUUGUCUGUUUCCUUGAAGUGAGAUGCUCCUUGCUGACCUGGUCAGACCAGGUCCCCACCAGCCCAGCACAGCUGGGAGACAGAGCCUUGAAGUCACCAGCAAUAAACCCUGCAGGGACUGAGCAUCUUCCAGCACAGGCUCCCAUCUCCUGCAUCACAGCCAGCACCAGGGGACAGUUGCUAAGGGAUAUUGUCCCGAAAAGGCCCUGUGCCCAGCCCAGCCCAACUGUCUCCUGUCUCCUGUGAGCCUGGCUUCUUUGGGCAGUCUCGAAGACCCUGGUGUCCAACAGGCAUCCUGACUAUGUGAUGGACCUGAAGCAAGUUCACACCACGUGCCAAAUGGAAGGCUGUGGCUGGUUCCAAGCCCUGUGUGGGCUGGGGCUCUUGGGAUGAUAGGACUGUGGGAUCGAGGCUGCAGUGUGCUGUGUGGCUGCUGCUGAGGACACAGUCCCUGUGGUCACUGGGGUCCUCUCCAUUCCCACACCACUGAGCUCGAGUGGUUUUUCUAUAAAGUUUUGGCAAAGUCGUCUUGAAAUCAUUUCACACUUCACAAA